AGGUAGCAAGGCACUGGAAGUGGUAAGGGAAUACAUCUACUUAGGGCAGGUAGUGACCGCGGAUCGUGAUCAUGAAACUGAAAUAAUCAGAAGAAUAAGAAUGGGCUGGAGUGCGUUUGGCAGGCAUUCUCAGAUCAUGAACAGCAGGUUGCGUACUCAUCUAUGGGGCAGAAACCUGGAGGCUUACGAAAAGGGUUCUACUUAAAUUGAGGACAAUGCAACGAACUAUGGAAAGAAGAAUGAUGGGUGUAACGUUAAGGGAUAAGAAAAGAGCAGAUUGGGUGAGGGAACAAAUGCGAGUUGAUGACAUCUUAGAUGAAAUCAAGAAAAAGAAAUGGGCAUGGGCAGGACAUGUAAUGAGGAGGGAAGAUAACCGAUGGUCAUUAAGGGUUACGGACUGGAUAUCAAGGGAACGGAAGCAUAGCAGGGGGCGGCAGAAAGUUAGGUGGGCGGAUAAGAUUAAGAAGUUUGCAGGGACGUCAUGGCCACAAUUAGUACAUGACCGGGGUUGUUGGAGGAGUAUGGGAGAGGCCUUUGCCCUGCAGUGGGCGUAACCAGGCUGCUGCUGCUGUUGCCACUGCUGCUGCUGAUGAUGAUACUAUGAGCACAAACAAAGAAUGUCCUCUUUUUGACAAAAGCUCCUAAAAUGUUCAAAAUUUAAUAUCGUCAAAGAAAUUAAAGUUCAUGAAUGCAAUCUGCAAAAUGUGCCUCCAAAAAACAUUCCUGCAUGUUAUGACUCGUUAUGAACUCCCGUAGAACCAUAACUGAUCCACUUGCGCAGCUUGGAUGUGACCUUCCAAACUGUAUGAAUGAGAAGAAUUAUAUCAUGAGAAAUAUAUCAUGAGAAGCCAACAAACGGAGACACCAAGGAAAACAUAGGGUAAAUUACUUGUACUUAUUAAUUGAAAUAAAGAAAUUAUAAAUUAAUGGCAAUGAAAGUGGAUGAAAAAACAACCUGCCACAGGUGCGGAAUGAUCCCACGUCUUUGCUUUAUGCAUGCGAUUCUCUAACCAAUUGAGCUACUGCGGCAUGGUUUCCCCAUCCACUUUCUUGCGUAUUUAUGUGUUACUACGAGAACUAACCUUGGGAGUGUUAGCCAGCGUCACCACUCUCAAGCCUUGUUGGCGGAUGUUCCAAACUUUUUGCAACACUAACCCUGUUUGCUUUACUAUUCUACAUGUUUUGUGACAUAAACUUUCCGUUUGUGAUUGGGGAUCUAACGUGAGCCGAAAAUGCUAACAACCUAACAAUAUUUUGUGUUAUUCCUUACGCUUCUUAAGCAUUGAUCUUGCAACUAAGCUAAAUACAGCACGAAUCAAAAGAACAAAGCAAUUUGCAACAUGUCUGUCUGAUUUCAUAUUUCAGACGAGCUCGAGAGGGUUGUGCAUUUCGCGGCUUUUGCAAAGCGCUGUCUUGGAAGAAGGCAAAAGCCUCUAAUUUGCCUGAUGCACCUCGUAGCUACAACUUUAAGACAACAGCCUCCAAGUACUGAGAGAAGAUUACGUUUACAGACCCACACAGGCACUGUUCCCUUAGGUGCUAGGCAGCUGCCUUUCUUUGCCCCCGUGAGUGACCGGCCCUAGUAGCAGCCUACAGGACGCUUCGCUUUGUUCCUCUGCUUACGACAAGACAUCUGGAGUGCGGUUAGGCGACGGUUACUACGCCUGAAUCUUCAUGAAGCUCUCCUUCUUGCGAUGUGCAUCAUGCUGAUCUCCGCAAAUGCCUAAGCUUGGGAUUUAUCGUCCUUCGCCUUUUUCACAGUCUCCGGCUGGAUCCUGACUGUCGUGCAUUUGUGUCCGUUGCCUUGUCGCUUCACAUGUUUGGUUCCAUACUCCUUCCCCCUCUGCCUUUCUCAUCUUGGGUCUAUCCCUUUGCUUCACCAUCUGCUCUGACGUAUGCAAACAGCCAUAGUCAAGUUUUCCUGGCAGGCUGGCCGAACUUGCUGCCGCCGUACACACUUGGCCUAAUGAGCCCCCCGUUUCUUGCGCAGAAAAACCGCCGGUGUCUACUGCCUUCCCCUCGCUUCCGGCUACCAGCAAGUUUCACUCAUCACUGCGCUCAACUAUCUGAGGAAUCAUUCCAUGGUCCUCUGACUGUUGUGCAAUAGGGAAUACAGUACGCCUAUCAGUCUCUGAGUUUCCUUCCAUGUUUUUGCCCUGAAAGAUCCCAUAUUGGAGAAGGGUUCUCGUUAUGUCAGCGUUUGCUCCGACCUAUUCGAUUAUCAAUAGGUUACUUGCUCUGGCAGGCUGGCCAAUAUUGCUGCCUCCAUACACACCUGGCUGUUCAGUGAAAGCUGUCCCAUAUAUGGCUGCAUGUUCUUGUCGGAGUCCUGAGCUAUGACAAAUACCACCCGCUUCUCACAGCUCCUAGCUAUGUGGUCUUUUCCUCUGCAGUUGUAAUACACAACUCUCUUCCGCGCCUCCAACGUGUGUACACCAUCAGCGGGGGCAUCUUCGUUUCUUGUGCUACUUUAGGGCCAACCGAAAUGUUCAUCUGCUCAUGACUUUCAAGGAGUUCUUGGACGCAACUUCUCCAUGCUCACAAAGCACCCUGUGUUUCUUCCCCACUAGCAAUCAGCCCACGAGACACUAUAUUCUUGGUGAUUUCGCAUUCCAUUACCUUUCAGUAUGGACGCCCAGCAGCCAUACUUCGUCGUUAUAAAUGAUAAUGCGUCAUGAGGACAUUGAAGCCUCACAAAUGCGAUGAGCCUAGCUGAAAGCAUCACUGCCAAAAUGGCAUGCCAUGCCCCUUCAAAGAUCGGUGGUCAGGUCGAGGUUGGCAUGCAGUGCAGCUUGCCUCUGGCUGACAAGUCUGUUGGGUGCUCGUUCAAACCAGGGAGUGAGUCUAGGAGCGUGCAGACUAUGGAGGCUGUGGAGCAGUUAAGCUCCACCUCAGCAUCAAGGCCUUCAAUUUCUACAUCAACUGCCAAAUGUGACAACUCAAAGCAAGGAUGCCUCCACCGAUGUGAGCUAUGUGACUAUGAGGCUGAUGAACUAUUUCUUCUGGAAGCACAUGCCACCAUCCAUACUGCCGAGAAGCCAUUUCAUUGCCCUUUAUGCUCUCGGAGCUUCUCAUAUAAGUGUUAUCUGAAUGUCCACUUGCGGACUCACACAGGCGAGAAGCCAUUUGACUGCCCUUCAUGCUCUCGGAGCUUCUCACGAAAGCCCCACUUGAAAGCCCACCUGCGCACCCACACAGGCGAGAAGCCAUUUGACUGCCCUUCAUGCUCUCGGAGCUUCUCAGAAAAGGGCCACCUGAAAGCCCACCUGCGCACCCACACAGGCGAGAAGCCAUUUGACUGCCCUUCAUGCACUCGGAGCUUCUCACAGAAGAGGUUCCUGAAAGCCCACCUGCGCACCCACACAGGCGAGAAGCCAUAUCAGUGCCCUUCAUGCUCUCAGAGCUUCUCAAUCAAGGGUUACCUGACAGCCCACCUGCGCACCCACACAGGCGAGAAGCCAUAUCAGUGCCCUUCAUGCUCUCGGAGCUUCUCACGAAAAAAAGACGUGAAAUUCCACCUGCGGACUCACACAGGUGAGAAGCCAUUUGACUGCCCUUCAUGCUCUCGGAGCUUCUCAGAAAAAGGCAGCCUGAAAGCCCACCUGCGCACCCACACAGGCGAGAAGCCAUUUGACUGCCCUUCAUGCACCCGGAGCUUCUCACGAAAGCCCCACCUGAAAGCCCACCUGCGCACCCACACAGGCGAGAAGCCAUUUGACUGCCCUUCAUGCUCUCAGAGCUUCUCACAAAAGGGCAGCCUGAAAGCCCACCUGCGCACCCACACAGGCGAGAAGCCAUUUGACUGCCCUUCAUGCACUCGGAGCUUCUCACAGAAGAGCGGCCUGAAAGUCCACCUGCGCACCCACACAGGCGAGAAGCCAUAUCAGUGCCCUUCAUGCUCUCAGAGCUUCUCAAUCAAGGGUCACCUGAAUGCCCACCUGCGCACCCACACAGGCGAGAAGCCAUAUCAGUGCCCUUCAUGCUCUCGGAGAUUCUCACAAAAGAGCAACCUUAGGAAACACAUGAGGCGAGAAGCCAUUUCAUUGCCCACUCUGCCUUCAGUGAUUCUCGUUGAAGAAUGCCCUGAAGAUACACCGGUGCAUUCAUACAAGUGACCGGCCAUAUAGUUGCAUUGCCUGCUUCAGGUCCUCAUCACUUGAACAGACUUGGAGAGCACAGCACCAUGAUUCAAUUCAAUUCAAUUCACUUUAUUUUCAACACCACAAUGUUGAGGACCGCAAACAAAAAGCCUUUUAUGGCUUGACAAGGUCCUUAGCCCCUUUUAACAAGCAGUGACAGAGCAUAGGGUUAGGUAUUACAUAUUAAGCUAGAAUUACCUUUGUCCCAAUAAGAGGAGUGUCAGACAUAAUGCAUAUAUAUAGUAUAUACAUACAUAUAUGUGUAAAAUGAACUCAAGUGAAACAGAAUGUAUACUCUCGUACAAUUGAAACCGAAAGAAUUAACGCUAAUUACUAAUGCACAUUAUACAUAUAUGAAAACAAAUGUGUCACACAAAACAUACUGCAAUGCACAAUUCGGCAAAUACACUGUUACAAAAAGAAUUUCUUCCAUUUUUCUAUACCGUAGGGUAGUUUAACAAUCUCGUUGAACUAGAGUCUGAAUCAAAAACCUACAUUCAAGUAGCAUGUUACGUAGUAUUCAACUGCAUCAGGUAGCACACGUGUCUCCACAUGCUUCUGAGAGCAAGCUUUAACUCGGGCCCAACUUCGAUGCCGCCUAUUCAAAUACAUGUAAAACGCAGAAAUGCUUUUCUGAAAUAACCAGUGGGCCGAUUGUAACGAAAUUUGUUACAUUUGAGAGAAAAAGCUAAAUUCUGGUGACUGCUGGAAGCAUAAUUUAGUUUGAAGGCCUGAAUGUUAUAACAGGAAUUUACAAAGAUUUUCCAUCUUUAAAAAAAUUGGAGCAAGAAUUUUAUAAAUUUUUAACUCUGCGCUUGGAAUAGAUUCGUAGCUCUGUAAACUGCAUACGCAAGAUCUUCCAAAGCAGACAAAUUUGAUGUAUCAGUGUAUAUCUUGUUAACUAGUUACACUGUUUACAGAGACUUUGCAAAUGUCCUACUCACUUAUUAGUGGCAUAUUUUAACGCUUUGUUUAAUGCGUAAAUAUUGUCCGCUUUAGGUGUCUAAUUCGGAGCAUUUUACAGAAUUGCAAUAUCAUUUUUCAUUGCUGAGUUACCAGAGUUGUAAACUUGAUAGUUUCGUUUUCUAAAAAUUCGUGAUUUUCAACUAUUGCUAUUUAAAGAUUGAUGGCCUAAAUCAAAAAUUCACUACCAACAGUCACUACAUUCUAUUUCUUUUAUAUGCAACAAACUUCAUCUGGUUCGUGCAGUAGUUAAGAAAAAUGAUCUCUCCUUUCCCAUGUAUGUAGAUGGGAGCCUCCAAGUGCUCUUAAAGGGUCUCUGAAACACUUUUGUGGAGUUACCAUAUUUUCUCUAGAUCUUUUCUCAACACGUUAUGGAACACAGAGCAAAAGAUUUACGAGAACUAACCCACAUAAAGCGGUUGUAGCUGAAAAUUUUCAAAAUACAGUUAAACUUUAAUUAAAAGAAGUCGGCAAAAACAGCCAUUUGCUUUGUUAUAUUGUGGCUUUUCAUUAUUUGAAAAGUAAUUGAUGUUCAUUCGUGUCUCAAAAAUUACUGUUUGCAUGCCCCUACAAACUAUGUAUGUUCAUUGUAAUAAUUGUUACACUACAGAUGUCUAAAUUAUGUGUUCUUUAGGCUCUGUUUUUUUUUCGGUGUUCUCUGGUACAUAUGAACUUGUUCUCUUAGACCAAUUCAUGUAUUUGUUGGCUCUUGGUUCUGGUCUACAUGGUUCAUUGUGGAUUUUUUUGAUCUUAUUCUAUUCGUGUCUUUCUUUUUUUUUUACAAAUGGGUACUUUUUUAGCAUCAAAUAAAUGCCAUUGUUUGGUGAGUAUUCGUUGUAUGUUCUUGAUAUUACAAUAAUUUAUUGACGGCAUGCAAUAUAAGGAUGCUAGCAUUUUAUUGUAUCUGGGGCUGCAAGAGAUAUUGAAUGACGGCAGUUGGAACUUCAUUAUUAACACAAAAGGAACCUGUUAUAAGUAACAUAGAUGAGUAAUCUAAUGUUUGAGUCGAAUGUCAGUUCCACCAUGCUUUAUUCAUUCCUACAUUUUAUUUCAACUAAUUACCAGCAUUUCUAUAAGCACUAGUGCGACAUAUAUUUGUAGAAAUAUUUGUGUAAACUUUACAUAUUGAACUGGGCUUAUAAGCCUGCACUGUGUAAUACAUUUGUGUGCAGAAGCCAUGAAAUUGGGCCAAUCCUGUUUUUUGAAACUUGAAAAAAAUGCUUUCUGAAUUGCAGUUGUACUAGUCUCUCAUCAGGAAUUUCCUCACCGACAAAAUUGUGUACAGGACAUGCUUUUAAGAUAAUAAAUACAAGGGUUCACUGUUUCGAUUAA